UCCCCACCCCAAUAGGAUCUGGUGGAAGAAAAGUGAGGCAAACACAAGCACGCACACACCACUGGGAGAUCAGAUCUUCUAGCUGGCUCUCUGCUGCCACAGCUCCGCCGAAGGGAGGGGGUGGAAGAGGAGGACUAAACUCAGAGCUGAGAGGAGAGGCAGGUGUGUGCAGGUGCAUCACCUAGAUCAUGAGGUCACCCCUCUGCUGGCUCCUCCCACUUCUCAUCUUGGCCUCGGUGGCCCAAGGCCAGUCAACAAGACGACCAAGACCCGGGACUGGGCCCGGGCGCAGACCCAGGCCCAGGCCCAGGCCCACACCCAGCUUUCCUCAGCCUCAUGAACCAGCAGAGCCAACAGACCUGCCUCCUCCCCUCCCUCCAGGCCCUCCAUCUGUCUUCCCUGACUGUCCCCGCGAAUGCUACUGCCCCCCUGAUUUCCCAUCUGCCCUCUACUGUGAUAGCCGCAACCUGCGAAAGGUCCCUGUCAUCCCGCCCCGCAUCCAUUACCUCUAUCUCCAGAACAACUUCAUCACUGAGCUCCCGCUGGAGUCCUUCCAGAAUGCCACAGGCCUGCGAUGGAUUAACCUGGACAACAACCGAAUCCGCAAGAUAGACCAGAGGGUGCUGGAGAAAUUGCCUGGCCUGGUGUUCCUCUAUAUGGAGAAGAACCAGUUGGAAGAGGUCCCCUCGGCCCUGCCUCGGAACCUGGAGCAGUUGAGGCUGAGCCAGAACCACAUCUCCAGAAUCCCGCCUGGCGUCUUCAGCAAGCUGGAGAACCUGCUGCUCCUGGAUCUCCAGCACAACAGGCUGAGCGACGGCGUCUUCAAGCCCGACACUUUCCAGGGCCUCAAGAACCUCAUGCAGCUCAACCUGGCCCACAAUAUCCUGAGAAAGAUGCCGCCCAGGGUCCCUACCGCCAUUCACCAGCUCUACCUGGACAGCAACAAGAUUGAGACCAUCCCUAAUGGAUAUUUCAAGAGCUUUCCCAAUCUUGCCUUCAUUCGGCUUAACUACAACAAGCUGACAGACAGGGGACUCCCCAAGAACUCCUUUAACAUCUCCAACCUGCUCGUGCUCCACCUGUCACACAACAGGAUCAGCAGUGUGCCCGCCAUCAACAACAGGCUGGAACACCUGUACCUCAACAACAACAGCAUCGAGAAAAUCAACGGAACCCAGAUUUGCCCCAACAACCUAGUGGCGUUCCAUGACUUCUCCUCGGACCUGGAGAACGUUCCACACCUGCGCUACCUGCGGUUGGAUGGGAACUACCUGAAGCCGCCCAUCCCGCUGGACCUCAUGAUGUGCUUCCGCCUCCUGCAGUCCGUGGUCAUCUAGGCCCUACUCUGCCACCGGAUCUGCUCUGACCGCACUUGAAGGCUGGGGCCCAGGCGCCUGUGCCCGCCAUUCAUUUUCUCUCUCUCCCUUUCUUGCUCCCAGCUUUGCCUCCCUUAUCCCACCCUCAAGGCAGGGAAAAACCAUCUAUUCUUCUGCAGCCUCAGGAGCGAGACUUCCAAGGGCUCGGUUUGGUCCCACCCAGUUGAAAGACACCCAGUGCACACCCAAACUCCUGGCCUUCUGUGGUUUCCCUUUGUUCCAGAAACACAGAUGUGUCUAAAGACUUGGUGUCCCCUUCUCUCUCCUCCCCCACCCGCCACUCCUGGGUACAUCUGGGCCGUGGACUGACAUCUGAUCUUAGUUCUGGCCGAGCAAGCAGCCGGGAGGUAAGGUUCAGAAAGUUCCCCUGGAGACUCCUCCAUCUUGGGCAGCUCUGGCUCAAAGAGGCCGAGAAACCCAGUUCUCCUGGGCCAAGGAUCCCUUCUGGCAAAGCUGCUGCUCCGCCGCGCGGUUCCCUGGCACCAGACAUCGCCCCGGCCCUGCUGGCCCGGGUCUCCGGGAAGGAGGAGCGAGGGAAUGACAGAGGUGGGGUGCAGGGUCAGGGCUCCCGCAGGGGCCUGCAUCUGGCCAGCCAGUCACAGGAUGCGCAGGGGGGCCCCUCCUGUUCCAGAGUGAACAUAGCACACGCUCUCCUGGCUGGGCCUCAGGGGGAACAGCCAAGGAGAAGAAUGGCCCAAGGAACUAGGAAGCAGCCAUGGGAGAGGGGAGGGGUUCAAGCCCGGAUGGACCCGCGUGGCGUCGAUGGGUCCUGCGGCCCCCUUGCCCAACCUCGGGUUUAGGGAGCAGCGUUCAGUGUUUGUGUGGGGGCGGGGGAGGGAAGAGGCAGCAGCCCCGCCCCCGCCAUCUGUUCUCCAUCAGUGUGCGCGGCCCAGCCUUUUCCACCCCCGGGAGGCGGUUCCUGAGAAACAGGGAGGAAGGGGCGGAGCACCUGGACAGCUCCCAGAAGCCCCUCCACGUUUGAAAAUGCGCCUCCUCCCCGGAGACAGACGCGUGGGUGCCACCUAGUGGCUGGUGGGGGUAACAGCUGGCCCCAGUCCCGCCUGGCCCUCUUCCUGGGGUGAUUUUCCUCGGUGGAGGAGGCCCGUGGGGUGCCAACAUGGAAUAACCAUGGGCCAUAUGCAUGGUGUCGCUCUCCUCUAAGGUCUAACGGGCACAAACGUCCCCAGGCUGGGCUCAUUCCCAUCGUGAGUGAGCCCAGGUGAGGACACAGUCGGUUCCCGUUUGUUGUAUGCCCUUUACGGGUUCCUUCUCAGCUCCCUCAUCUGUAAACCGAGGAGGUGGAUAAGAUGCUCCUGGCCUGACGCGGUGGCUCACGCCUGUAAUCCCAGCACUUUGGGAGGCCGAGGCGGGCGGAUUAUUGCCUGAGCUCAGGAGUUCGAAACCACCCUGGGCAACAUGGUGAACACCCCACCCCCCCACCCCCCGCCCGUCUCUACUAAAAUACAAAAAAAAAUUAGCCAGGUGUAGUGGCGCGUACCUGUAAUCCCAGCUACUGGGAGGCUGAGGCGGAAGAAUCGCUUGAGUCCGGGGGGCGGAGGUUGCAGUGAGCCGGGAUUGUGCCACUGCACUCCAGCUUGGGCGACAGAGUGAGACUCCGUCUCAAAAAAGGAAAAAAAAAAAAAACCAAAGAUGCUCCUCUGAGGUCCCUCCGGCGCUCAUGUUCCGAGUCUGGGGCUCCACACCUUAAGUCAUACUCGAAUGCAGGACAAGUCCUAAGUAUUUGUCCCUUCCCUUGAGUAAUUUAUUUUCUGUAUGGACUGUCCGUCCCCUAGAGGCUUCCCCACCCUCCAUGCCUGGCCCAGGUGAGCGGCUUGGCAGGUCUCCAAGUGGAACCCGGUCCAGACAGGGCUACCUCGACUUCACCUUCCCCCCAACUUCCUCCAAGGGAUGCUGCCCCUUCUCAGCCCCCUACGUGUGUAUGUUGGUGGGAGGCACAGGGGAUGGCUGUUCUAGAAAUGAGUAAGACACAGUGCCCACCCCCAAGUUAGGAUGAAAAAUGUUCCAGAGGUUUUUAAGAAAUUGGAUUAAGCUGGGUCCCUGACUUCAAGAAAUUCCCAUUAUGCUCCUUCUCACCUUUCUCUUUUGCUAAUUAUGGAAAAUAGGGCCCAUUUCAUCAUAGCCUCCUUCCCCCGUGCUCCACUACAAUAGCCGCAUUCUUUUCUAGCUGCAGCUGGUUUCUCCAGCUUAAAGUCGAUGCCUUAUGGUGCGUUAUGGCCGAAAGCAACUUGGUGCUUCGGCCUGGAUAAGAGCCCCUUCUGCAUCUUAUCCACAGCUUGCAACCUCAGCCCCUUUGAUGAGGCCCUCAGGGGAGAGGUCAUUCCCUUGAUCCUGCAAACCCAGACUCAUUUAGCAGCAACGCAAUCACCGUCAUCCCACUGCCCAAUCUAGAAUAUGUCUGCUUUCCAUUGCUCUCUGCAGCUGUAAGCCAAAGGGGAUUCAAGGUAAAUUGGCUUUACAGGCUCCCCUCCCCCAAACACACACACAAUGGGCUGGUUUCUUUUGAGUUUAAAAAAGCCCCCUUCUCCAUGCACAAGUUCAUUCCCUCCAUGCUGUUGUCAUCGACAUAUACAGGUGUGUAUGUAGGUGUACAUGUGUAUUCUGCACGUAUAUCUCUUCUCUCUUGAAGACCGUGUUAACUUUGUGAAAUAACUUCCACAUUUCAACACGCUUCACAGUAGAGGAAAUAAAGUAAUAUGAAAAACA